CCCUUUCGAUCUUUCUUUCUUUUCUCUGUUGCAUAAAUUUUAUUUUUCAACCAAUUUCGUUGCGAGGGAGUAGAGAUCUGGGAAUUCAGCAAGAAAUUGAUGUUUUUUGGUUGAAUUUGAGGGAGUUUUGAAGCGAUUUUGAUUGAUUGAGAGGGAGAGAGAUGCCGUGCUUUGAUUCGAGCAAAUAUCAUGGCAAUGGUGCCUCGAUUUUCUACCGAACAUAUGGCCAUGGCCCUGUCAAAGUCCUUCUUAUUAUUGGAUUGGCGGGGACGCAUGAAUCAUGGGGUCCUCAGAUCAAGGGGUUGACGGGGAUUUGCCAACCAAACGAAGAGGGGGAAGUGCCAAUGCCGGCGUCGGUGGCCGGCGAUGAGGGUUUGAAUUGUCAGGAUGAGGAGGACCAGGCUGCCGGUGGGAUCGAGGUCUGCUGCUUUGAUAACCGUGGGAUGGGUUGCAGCUCCAUCCCUACUAAGAAAUCUGAUUACUCAACAACUAUCAUGGCAAGAGAUGCCCUUGCAUUGCUGGAUCAUUUGGGUUGGAAGAAAGCUCAUGUGUUUGGUCAUUCAAUGGGGGGUAUGAUCUCUUGCAAGUUGGCAGCAAUGGCUCCAGAGAGAUUAUCCUCUUUGGCAUUGCUCAAUGUAACUGGUGGUGGAUUUGAGUGUUUUCCAAAGAUUGAUAGACAAAUGUUAUCACUUGCAUUUCGUUUCUUAAAAGCAAGAACUCCCGAACAACGAGCUUCUGUUGACCUGGAAACCCAUUACACCAAGGAAUAUCUUGAUGAAUAUGUUGGAUCAACUGCAAGAAGGAAAAUCCUAUAUCAGGAUUAUGUAAAAGCCAUAUCUUCAAGUGGGAUGCAAUCUAAUUGUGGCUUUGAAGGGCAAGUUAAUGCAUGCUGGACACACAAACUGACAUCAAAAGAACUUGAAAUUAUUCGAUCAGCUGGAUUUCCGAUUUCAGUCAUUCAUGGCAGGGAUGAUAUCAUUGCACAAUUAGAUCAUGCUAGAAAGCUUGCAGAGAAGUUGUACCCUGCUGCAAGAAUGGUGGAACUUCAUGGCGCACAUUUAGUAAGUCACGAGAGACCAGACGAGGUUAACCAAUCUCUUAUUGAGCUGAUCAAAGCAUCAAAAUCAAAGAUUGCUCUUCUAGAUUGGUCAAACGUUCAACUGAAUAGAUCAGGAUGGCUAGAUUUUGUGAGACCGUUUUCAUUAUUUAAAAGAAACGGUGACGGGACAAGCUAUCUAAUGACCGCCUACAAUAUGUUAGCCAAGCUACAGCUUAGCCUUUUAUAUUUCUUCGGGGUAAUUGUGAUGGGUUUCGAGCGCGCGAAGAAUAUUGUCAUCACAGUGAAACCAGUUAGAGUUGCAGCCUCCAAUUAGCAAGGUGAGGCUUCAAUACAGAACUGAAAUUGUCGAAAUCAUAUUUAA